AUGAAGUGGAUGGAAAAUGUACUACCACCUAUCAAAAAGAGGGUUUAUGUCCAGCGGGACUAUUCAUUUGGUAUGAAAGUGAUGUUUCAUACUCGAAUGCCUGAGGAACUGGAUGGUAGACUUGAUCAAGAUCUAUUCGCGAACACUAUAAAUCGACUAAAUGACCUUUACACAGAGGGAGAAACAACAAAUGGAUGUAUAUUCUGUGAAGGAUGUUUUGCUUGUUUAACUGCAUAUCUUGCAUAUCUCUGUAUGGAUACCCAUUACGAAAAAGUGGUAAAAAAAGCAGCCAAAUUUUUGGAUGAUGAAAAUCAAAAUGUAUAUGCACCUCGUGGAAUAUUAAUAAAAAAUCCUAUUGAAUCAGGACUAAGAUCGAUCGAAAUCCUAAUAUUUGAAGAUGAGGCUUAG